GAGGGAGAGAGAGUACAGAGGGAGAUAUUGACUCAAAGCUGGUCUGCAUGCUCCUCAGUGUGUGAGAAACAGAGGACGUGAGUGCAGGCAAGAUGGAGUGCUGGCACAGAUGAAGACUGUCCCUGGCCCCGUUUCACAGUCCACAUGAGUGUCUCCAAACCCCCUCCACCCCCUUCCACCUCCCACCUCUCCAUCCCCGCCUCCUCCACCUCCACCCCUUCCUCGUCCGCCACCUCCCCCUCGGCGACCCCCCACUCCACCGCUGUUCCCCCUCCCUCACCGGUCAAGAUCUCUAUGCAGGAGCACUUUGCCAUCAAUGUGUGCCCGGGCCCCAUCCUCCCCAUCCCGCAGAUCUCCGACUUCUUCCCACGAUUCCACGACUACCCCUGCACGCCCCCGCCUCCAAGGGAGAAGAAGAUCUUAAAAGAGGAGACAUUCAACGGGGAGACAGUUGGAGGGUACAAGGAUGGGGAGAGGAGAGAGAGCCACGAUGGAGACAGGGAGGAGACUGUCGACUCUGACGACGAUGACACCUACCUGGGAACGUUGGAGUUCAAUCUGCUCUUUGAUCAGGAGAACAACUGUCUUCAUUGUACCAUUCACAAGGCAAAGGGACUGAAAGCCAUGGACUCCAAUGGGCUGGCAGAUCCAUACGUCAAGCUUCAUCUUCUCCCUGGGGCGAGCAAGGCAAACAAGCUACGCACAAAAACCUUGAAGAAUACGCUUAACCCAGUGUGGAACGAAACUCUGGUGUAUCAUGGCAUCACAGCAGCUGACAUGACCACCAAAACGCUCAGGCUGUGUGUGUGUGACAUGGACAGACUGGGACGAAAUGAAUUCAUCGGGGAGGUGAGGGUGGCUCUGAAAAAACUGAGAGAGGGAGAGAACAAACGCUACAAUAUGGGCCUGGAGAGAAUUGCACAGAAUAAGGAGACUAACAAUCAAACAGUGGAGCAGGGAGCGCUCGUUGCAGAGGAGGAGCGUGGUCGCAUCCUGGUGUCACUGUGCUAUAACACAGAGAAAGGCUGCCUGCUGGUGGGGAUCAUACGCUGCGCCCAUCUGGCCGCCAUGGACUCCAACGGCUACUCUGACCCCUUCGUCAAAAUAAUCCUGCAGCCAGAUAUGGGAAAAAAGUCAAAAUACAAGACAUCAGUGAAGAAAAAGACUCUCAACCCUGAAUUCAAUGAGGAGUUUUCAUAUGAAGUAUCCUUGGACCAGCUGGCAAAGAAAACCCUGGAGAUCUCAGUUUGGGACUAUGACCUGGGAAUGAGCAAUGACUUCAUAGGCGGAGUGGAGCUGGGCAUCAAUGCGAGUGGACAGAGACUCAAACACUGGUUCGAGUGUCUCAAAAACAAAGGGAAGAAAGUGGAGUACUGGCAUACGCUCACACAGCAAGGAGCCCCAAGCAGUGACAAACCGGACUAGAUUACACCAGACAUCCAUGCAUAGAAACACACACAAAAAUACACAAUAGCACGCACAUUUGUCUGACUGAAAGAUGGUUGACAACAAAGACCAAGUAAAGCCAGAGAUAAAAAAUGCAAUAAUAAUGAUGUUAAAAUGAAAUCCGUCAUAUAACGCCAACAAUUACAGCACCAAGUAUUAGUAUAUGAUAUUCAUACUAAUAUUAGUGAUGGUAAUGAUGUGUUAUCUGAAUACAUUUUUUUAAAAUGUAUUUUUUUCUAAAGGUGAACCAAAUUGUGGCAAUGUCCUCAUUAAAGUGUCGACGUAACAAAACAAUGUUCACAAAAUUGUGCUUUAGACCUCACUGUAUUGUGGAAGUGGCUCAUACUCUGUCAUUUAAAUGAACAUCUGAUGAAGACAUUUGAGAUUAAUGUACUCAAAUUCAUUCAGUGAAAGGGGCCAAAAGUAUGUGUGCAUACGUACAAGUGACUCAUAAUGUGGUGUAUAGUUCCAGGAGCAAGGGUGAUUCUGUUGUAAGAAGUCUUCAGUGGUUGUUGAUCUGAUGCAAAACAAGACACCAACUUAUAAAGCACAAAAUGAUCCAUUUGGUGGAUUUGUACCUUUCAGUGGUCUUGUUCUUAUGUCUCUCAUUGUCUUUCAGUGACAGUGGCUUUCUAUACACCUUCAUACCACACAUCGAUAUGUCAGUGUGUGUUUGUGUGUGCAUGAGGGCUACGAGAAAAUGAGUGCCUACAUUUUUCUGUCUGUGUAGUGCGUGUGCAUCUGUAUUCACACCGUGCCCCAUUCAAAAUGUCUCCGUCCAACUUCAGAAGCACAGGGGUGUGAAGACAUAACAACAGAGGACAAGAAAGACCUACACAGAAGAGAAAUCCUCUGCCACCUCUAGCACAGACACCCCCACAGGCCUUGGUGGGUGUGAGAGUCCCUGGCUGCAGGACUAAGAAGCUGUCAAUUGUGUGUCCCAGACCUUUGUCACCUCUCUCCCCGAGUGCCAGAAACUUUAAGAAUUGAAUACAUCUUGCUAAAUAACCCCUGACCGCUCUUUUUGACUCUCCUGAUGAAAAAGUUGUUGGCAGCAGGCGGAACGGAUAUUACUUUUGGAGGUGUCGCUAGUUCCUUUACUUUCCAAGCAGCUUUUUCUUCUGGGGCUACAAUUCUGCUUCAACAUUCACAGAUGAUGCAACAUUUCCUCCCUGCAGAGCAAUCUCAAAACAGAUAUAUUUUAAAUUGAAAAUCCAGUCUUUUGAUUUGUCCUGCUAUAGGAUUUAGAAAACCCAGAGCAUGUAACCCUCCAUUAAUUUGGUAUAGACUUCUUUGAUGCUUUUCUUGUAAGGAUUAGAAAAAAAUAUAUUUGAAACCUUUUCGUCAUCCAGUUACUUCUGGCCUACAAAAUAUCAGGUCUAUAGAGUCACAUACAUCAUUUCCUGGAGCAUUGACCAUAGCAUGACUAAUACAGUAGAAAUGCAGACUAUAUUGACCAUAUUCACCCAGUUUACAUUUUUCUAUACAACAUAUUUAAGGUGAAAAUUUCUGAUAAUGUUUUUAAAUGUAUGAAUCUUUUUAAUUCAGGGUGUCUGUCCAUCAGCAUUGUUUUAUUGUUUAUGACUAAUAACCAGAGAAUUGACCUUUAUGUUGAGAAUAGACUUCAGGCCAUCUUUCAAAAGCUCUUUGUUGACAUUACAAUUGCACAGUAAAGCAUCUCUUUUCUUUUUACACUAAAUCUCUAUUACCG